AUGAAUCCCGACGACGACUACUGUAAAUCGGAGGGCAUUACUCGGUCCUUGACUCCGGCCUUAAUCGAUUGCGUUCAUGAGGCUACAGCGGAAUGCUUGGCCGAAAAGGAGCGCGAGCGCGAGGCGGCGAAACAGGCCCAGGCGAGGCAGAUCCCGAGGCCAAUUCGACGUCAGAUGUUUCUCCGCCGCGAGCACGACGUAGCUCACCAACGUCUGUUCGCAGACUAUUUUGCCGAGCAACCACGGUGGGGCCCGACAUAUCAGAGAGAUGACAUUGGCAAACCCGGACUUACGCCGUCGCAGAAGUGCACGGUUGCGCUUCGGCAGUUGGCCUACGACAUCACGACGGAUAUGUUCGACGAGGGAGUUGUGGAUUGCCAGGCCCUGAUGAAGAUGCACGAGACGACGCAUGGCUUUCCUAGAAUGCUAGGGAGCAUGGAUUGUAUGCACUGGGAGUGGAAGAAUUACCCGACGACGUGGAGAGGUCAAUUUACUAGUGCAUACAAGGGCUGCCACCCGACGAUGAUCCUCAAAGCCAUCGCUGACCAUCGGCUCUGGAUAUGGCAUGCUUACUUUGGUGUAGCGGGGUCGAACAAUGACAUCAACGUCCUCAACUCUUCCAACCUCUUCACCGAGCAAUGCAAUGGCAACGGCGCGAUCAUCGAGUUCACUGCCAACGGACGCCAAUGA